AACUUAAUUGCCUAUACAAAAAGAAGUAAAAAUGAAGAAACAGAAAACCCAAAAAGCCAAAAAAGCCAAAAAACCCAGAAGAGCCUCAAACCCUACACGAACAAGAAAAGCUCCCAAAAAGCCUGCAAAGAACCCUAAAAAAUCCAUCAGAGAUCCUCCAAGAAAAAGAGCCUCUAAAGCCCAAAAGAAGGACCAAGAUUUCAGUCAAGAACCACCUAAUGAGGAGCUUCAGGCUGCAUCUAAGACACUUAAGGAAGGCUUCAUGGAAAAGUUCCAUAAGAAGGAUACAAUUGGGAUUAAGAGACAGAAGAUAAUACAUGGAGAAGAGAGAAUGAUGGGUAUAUUGAAGGAAGAGAGCAAGAAGGAGAAAGGAGGUAUGAACGAGGUGAAUGAAGGAAAGCAGAAAGAUCAGAAGAAGAAUGAUAAUCUGGAUAUUGGAAAGGUUUUUAAGGAAUCAGAGAAAGAGUCGGAGUGCACUUUUCACCCAAAGAGGUCAAGAAUUUCGACUGAUCGGGAUGAUCAUAUGCUUACUAAAAAGGGCAAACAUCAUCCUCAUCUUAGCUCCCCAAGUAUGCCUCAUAUACUUCAAAAAGAAUACUCUCCUGACAGAAAAUUAUUAGAAUCAAAAGAAGAGAAGAAAGCUUCUGAAGACUCCAAUAACUCUUGUUCUGAGAUAGUACUAAAAAUCACAAAAAGUACAGGUCCCACCUCCUUCCCAAACCACCCCUCCAAACCCCCCUCCAGCCCUCCAAAUCGUGAAAAAUCUCAAAAAGUUCAAAACUUCCCUGCUGAGCGUAGGUUCUCUGCAGCUGAAGAAGGUGAACUUAGGAUGUUAGAUAUUCAAUCAAAGAGGCAAGCAAUAGAGCACCUAUCAAGUGAGAUGAGUCAGGUCAAAAGUCUAGUCCAGAAUUUGGUCCAGAUCUCAAGGAAUAAAGAAGAGCUAGAGUAUAAGAAAGCAUGCCUGACACAAGGACAUUACACAAGAUUGUUCUCAGAAGAUAGGAAGGUAUUUGUUAGAAAAUAAUAUGAUGACUGAGCUGAGUUUUACAAAGAAGAAUCAUUCCUCAUGUGAGCCAGAUUUACAGGGACUGCCUCAUUCUGACUAUAUUAGUAGGCAAGAUGCUUUCAAAGAGAAGAGUAUUAGAACCUCGUCAAGACAAAUGGUCAACCAUUAUAAAGAAUAAGUCUAGUGAAAAGUGCAACUGACGAAGUCUAACCUG